AUGAGCCAGGUUCUUUGCAGCGAUCUUUCCAACUUCCUGACUGAGCUUCCCAGCUGCGCGGAGAGUUGUGUUCUAGACUUUGUGUCAGCAUCUUCAUGCGGCACGAACGCAACAUGUCUCUGCACCGAUUCAAAGCUCAAAAGCGAGGUGCUACCAUGCGUUGAGAGUCAUUGUCUGCCCAGAGAAGCUCUCGCCGCGAUAAAUUUGACCUCGGUGGCAUGUGAUUUCCCCAUUCGCGACAAACACGACCAGUUCAACAUCCUCACUAUCACGUUGAUUGUGAUUACUGGAACUACAGUUGGUCUUCGAUUCAUUGAGAAGAUACGAUAUGGGCCUGGACUCCAGGUUGAUGAUUACGUGAUCACGGGUGCUUUUUUGGUCAAUCUAGGCAACUCAAUUGUCUGUUUGCAUGGCCUCUCCGGCAAUGGCCUAGGACGAGAUGCGUGGAGAUUCAGUCCGGAUACAAUCACAUCGUAUCUAUGCUUUCUCUACGCAGGCCAAACACUUUACGCGACGGACGUUUUCGCCACCAAAAUCUGCGUUCUUCUCUUCUACCUCCGCAUAUUCCCAGGAGUCAUAAUUCGAAGGCUGAUAUGGGGAACUGUUGGCAUAGCAGUACUAUGCAUGGUUAUCUUUGAUCUGCUGGCACUGUUUCAAUGCCAGCCAAUCAGCUUCUAUUGGAAGGGCUGGGACCAACUUCAUAAGGGCCAUUGCAUAGGGAUCAACGGACUAGCAUGGGCAAUUGCUGCAGUUGGAAUCAUUUUAGAUUUCUGGAUGCUUGGAAUCCCGAUUUCUCAACUGAUUCAUCUCCAGAUGAAAUGGAAGAGAAAGCUUGCAGUUGCCUCGAUGUUCGGCGUGGGCACUUUUGUGACAGUCGUCAGCAUCCUCAGAUUACGUUAUCUCGUAGCAUUUGGCAAUUCUUCCAACCCUACAUGGGAUAGCUACGAUACAUGCUACUGGUCCGUUAUAGAACUCAAUGUCGGUAUUUGGUGCGCUUGCAUGCCAAACCUUCGAGUCCUGAUGCUCAAGACAUUUCCAAGAUUACAAAGCUCAGCCGACGCUACACCCAGAAGCCACCAAUACAACUCAUCUACAGCAGGGCGGCCUAUAAGAGUACCAAGCAAUACUCCAGCUCCAGGUGACAAUACCAUGUAUAGAGUGAGGUCGGAUCAGGGGCGCAAGGUCGACGGCUCAUCCAGCACAGCGGAAUUAGUUGAGAUGACGAGGUUCACCAAUGAAACCAGAAGUAGUCUAGCAUAG